AUGCUCUCAAGAAUACGGAUUUUGAAUCCCAGGCUCGGGUUCUACGUGCCAAUUCGUCUGCUCGGUCAAGGGAAGCCUAGGUCUGGUCGCACCAAAAGGGCACUUCCUCUUUCAACUGAAUUGAGCCAGAAACCCAAUGAGUUCGUACCGUUGUAUACUAAAUGUGGUUGGUUUGUUGUAGCAAAAGAUUAUAACAUUGUAGAUUGGACUUUACCUCAGCUAGAGCCAAUAUUCACAGAAAAAUUGAAAGAAAUAAAGAAAUCAGGCAUUAUUACUAUCUCACCUGAAGUACGGAAAUCAAUUCAAUCAGGAAUCGAUGCCUGGGUUGCGACCACUAAACUACCUUCAAAGAGUAAGCCUAAAAAACUUGCAAGGGCUGACUCUGAAGAUAUGAAAGACUAUUUGGCAACAUUACAUGAAAACAUAGCAACGGAAUUGACUGGUAUGAUCUCCGAAACAAACCUUGAAAAGAAGGCAGCCAAGUUGCUCUUUGAGCCACCUAAAGAUAACGAAAAAUUAUAUCCAGAUGUCGGUUCUGUGAAGGCAUGGAACUAUUAUCUUCUGAAAUAUUCUAAAACCAUUGAAGUUGUUCCUGAAGGCUCUAGUAGAAGGGUCAUAUUAGCUGAAUCAUGGAAAAAGUUUUCCCCAAUCGAAAAAGAAAAAUAUAGACUCGAAUAUGGGAAGUUGCUAGAAUCUGGCUUUGACAUCUCGGCUGGGAAAGUUGUUGAUAAAAAUUUGAAAAGGAAGCCUAGGAAGAAAACAUCGGCAUAG